AGGACUGGACAGGAGAGACGCUCACCAGUGUCUUCUACACCGGAGACCUCCUGCCCCUCGAGGCCUCUUACAGCAGUCCUGAUGCGGGACACAGACGCCUGUUUAUCGACGGCUGUGUCGCCGCUUUGUCUCCUGACCCGAGAUCAGUCCCCAGAUACUACUUUAUCGAAAACCAUGGGUGCUUCAAUGAUGCCAAAGAGGAAGGAUCAAAUGCACUUUUCAAUCCCAGAACAAGAUCUUCUUUCUCUUCAGCUGCAGCUCGAUGCCUUCCUGUUUCCCCAGGACACAAGGAACUCAAUUUUUAUCACUUGCCAGCUGAAAGCGACCUCUGAAAUGCGGAAGAGCAGCCCCGUCAACAAGGCCUGCAAUUAUAUAAAUUCAAGAUGGAUAAAUGUCGAUGGCAGUGAUGAUGUGUGUCGAUGUUGCGACGAUACAUGCUCCAGCAACUCUCCCACCGGUCAAACAAACCUCGGAAGUCUGAUCCCUGAAGAUUUGGUGGCACGUGAAACUGUUACUCUGGGCCCUUUGAUGGUUUUGCCCAUACAAAUAGGCGAAGCAUAA